AGCCACAUGUUUUCUGAGGGUGCCAUCAUUGAAUCACCUGCUAAGAAGUAGCAAGUACAUGGGCCAAGACGAUAAAGUUUUGUCACACUGAAUCUCAGUGCACAUUCUCUUCUAUUCUUUUGUCUCAGCCUUUCUCUGCUAUGUCCAUUUCCCCUCAAUCUGCCAUAUGAAUUGAUGCAAAGUGCGAAUAUAUAUACGUUGGAGAAAGUGUAGCCUUGAGAAAGAACUAAACCUAGCUAUUCAAGAACGUAACUUUCCCAUUUUUUUCUCUUUGAUAUCUGAAUAGUUGUAUACAAGUUCGCCGCCAUGGAUUCUAGGAAUCUUUAUCAUCAUUAUCAACUCCAACAACAGCAGUUUGCUGGCUAUCCUUUAUUACCUGGAGUUCCUGCUUUACACGAUUGGAAUCCAAGCUUGACCUCGGAAGAAGAAUAUUACUACAAGGGAGACAUGAAAAGGAUCCAAAAUAACAUCUCAUCAGAAGAGCAGUGGAAAAGAAGUAGUAUUGAUACAUUUCCAUUUAUGAACGCCUCAAUGUUCCAAGAUGGCCAUCAAUCAUCCAACGAGCAGCUGGAUUACAAAAAUAGCAAGGCAUAUAUAUCCAACGAUUAUUUCUUCAAGAUGAAAGAUAUGAAUGGUUUGAGUAACAGCUUGUUCAAAGAAAGUUACUUCAAACAAGAGCAACAGCAUGUUUUUGAUCUGAAUGAGAAUCUUCUAUCCGAAGAUCAUUCGUAUAUGAACAAUGCUAAAACCUGCAUUGGAUUUUCCCGUUUAGCUGCUGCUGCAACUCCAAAUUAUAUCUCAAAUCAUAUGGAACAUUAUGAUUUCCAGGGCUUGAAGAAGUUAGCAUUUAAUGGCCUAAAUUUCAAGAAUAGUAGUAUUGGUGAUCAUAGUACUAGCUUUGGCCAUUUCUGCACAGACAGGAUGUCUUCUGGCCUUGCUGGACUGCAAGAAUUAACUCAUAAUCCAUCAAAUAGCUCCAACAAAAACCCAGUUGUUAGCAAUAAUAUUGGAGUUUCUACAAAAGCAAAGAGAUUGAAUUGUUCAGCUGAAACUCCAGCUCAAGAAGUAUCGAAGAAGCCUCGAAUCACAUCACAAUCUUCCACUCCAAUGCUUAAGGUACGGAAGGAAAAACUAGGAGACAGGAUUUCAGCUCUUCACAGAUUAGUGGCACCUUUCGGCAAGACUGAUACAGCCUCAGUAUUAACAGAAGCUAUAGGCUAUAUUCAGUUCCUUCAGGACCAGAUCCUGACAUUAAGCAUGCCGUAUACGAAGUCAUCUCAAGGGAAGCUCCAUCAGAUAAACUUAAAGGAUUCGAGCAUAGACAUGAAAGGACAAACAGUGCUAGAUCUUAAGAGUAGAGGGCUAUGUCUUGUGCCAAUGUCUUUUUCUUCUUACAUCACUUAUUCGUGCGACUGAAACAUCGGACAAGUACUCCAUUGACUUCAAUAAUGCAUGGAAGCAUAUGGUAGGAUUGUACAGUUACUGUAACUUUUCAUGCCCAAAUCAUGAAGAUAAUGUUUAUUGUGACAUAGUUUGCAAUCAAUAAUCGCUUAAAGAUUUAUUGCGUUUUUUCCUCA